GGUUAUCUGAUCGGAUAACUAGCACAUCAACGCCGAAAAUGGCCCCGAGGGAUAAUAAGCGGGUGAUCCUGGAGGGGCGUAUCUGGGUAACCCCCCCCCCCCAUUCUUCUAGUAGACUUCUACCCCGCAUGCAAUUGAGCUUAGAGAAACUCAGAAAUGAAAGUAACUCAACCGAGGAAGCAGACCACUGUUUCCUACAGAGGACUAUGGUGGUCGUGGGAAGCAAAACAACAAAUUAUAUAUAUUAUAUUAAAUUGAAAUAAAUCAAUCAAUCUAGCCACCAAUUAACCACUGUCCUUUUCUCUUUACACCGUGCCAGUCAGCGCCUAUCACGUUGAAAUCGCUUAAAGCUACCAUGACCUCCUUUUCUGUGGAGGAAAUAUCCCAGGCAGUAGAGCGGCACCGUCCGGCUUUCGCCCCGUAUGAAGAGCUGUACAAACACCUGCACGCCCACCCAGAACUCUCCCACCAAGAAUUCAACACUGCUAAAUAUGUCGCGAACAAGCUCCAACAGCUGAGCAUCCCAGACCUCCAAAUCCACACAGGAAUCGGCGGCACCGGCGUCGUCGCCGUCCUCAGAAAUAACAGCAACAGCAACAGCAAUGAUGGCCAGAAUGGGCCAGCAGGCCCAACAGUCCUCCUCCGCGCCGAACUCGAUGGGCUCCCAGUCCACGAGCAGACCAACCUCCACUACGCCAGCAAACAAACAACCCAGGACGCCAAUGACGACAACAAAUUAAAACCCACCAUGCACGCCUGCGGCCACGACAUGCACAUGGCCUGCCUCCUCGCCGCAACAGAGGCCCUCACAUCCACACCCCUCCGCGCCCGCUGGCACGGCACGCUCGUGAUCCUCUUCCAGCCCGCCGAGGAGAGCGGCGACGGUGCCACCGGCAUGAUAUCCGAUGGCCUCUUCUCGCCCAACUCGCCACACAAAAUCCCCAUCCCCGACGUCUUCCUGGGCCAGCACGUCCUCGCGGCCCGCGCGGGCACCAUGGGCAUGAAGCCGGGCGCGCAGAUGGCCGCCUCGGACUGUCUCAAGGUCACCUUCCACGGGCGCGGCGGCCACGCCUCCAUGCCUCAGUUCACCAUCGACCCGAUCGUCAUGGCCAGCAGCGCCGUGGUGCGGCUGCAGACCAUCGCCAGCCGCGAGGUGACCUCGGGCAGCGUCGAGGGGCUCGGCGUCGUGUCCGUCGGCAGCCUGCAUGCGGGCAGCGCGCCGAAUAUCAUCCCCGCCACGGCGGAGAUGGAGGUGAAUGUGCGCACGGCGGAUGAGGAGACGCGUGCGAGGGUGCUGGCGUCCGUGGAGCGGAUUGUGCGUGCGGAGAGCAUGGCGAGCGGGGCGGAGAGGGAGCCGGAGAUCAGGCGCACGUUGAGUUUCCCUGUUACGGUGAACGAUGGGGCGGUUACGGAGAGGUUAGGGGUUACCUUUGAGCGGCUGUUUGGUGAUGGCGGGUCCGGGGAGGGUGGGGGCCUGUUUCGCUUCUGCCCGGAUUGGCCGCGAAGCAAUGCGUCGGAGGACUUUGGGUGUCUGGGUGCGGCGGUAGGGAAGCUGAGUUGUUUUUGGUUUUUUGGCGGCGUGGAUCCGCAGGUGUGGGAUGAGGCGGAGAGGAAUGGGACGAUUGCGAAGGAUGUUCCUGUGAAUCAUUCGCCGUUUUAUGCGCCGGUUAUCCAGCCCACUAUGCGGGUGGGGAUUGAUGCGUUGGUUGGAGCGGCGUUGACAUUUCUGGGGAAGAGGGGGUGAAAAAUUAACGCUUUCCACAGUGAUUGGGGAGAUUGUAGACAUUUACUUUUAUGACUUUUAAUAUUUGAUAAUGUACCUAUUAUGAUAUAGACAAAACAAACUGAGUGAUCCAAAUUUGAAUCAAGUAGAGGGUGGGACUUGCAUGAAUACAAAAAUUCACUUGAUUGCUGCUGUAGAACACAACGAACAGCUAGCUAUAUGAAAGAAGGCUAUGCACAAACCCAACAGAGG